AUGCGACUGCGCUCCGUUCUCUUUCUGCCCAGCGAUGAUGAGCCCGGACGAUACUACAAUGAUAAUUUUCCCGUCCUGCAACUACGUGUCAACGGUCAACUUGUGUUCGACUCGAGCCUCGUCACGUUUCGGUGUCGUAUCACCGCUGAUGAAGAUCUCUUGUCCUUUGCCUUUGAGGAACUGCUCGUGUGUGGUGCCGUCGAACUGACUCUGCUUUCUGCGCACGCUGGCGAUGACCGUGAGCCGCCCAAGCGCGUCCUUUGCGCUUCCUUCCAUACUGGGUUCAUGGCCGAGGGUCUUGUACGCGUGUCACGCGCGGACUGUCGCAUUUUCCCCCUGGCCGAUCGCCACCACCUGCCCUUCAUUCCAGCAUCCAUCGAUGUUGCUACCCAUGCCGUGUCAGGCCCCGCAAGGGGCGAUGCCAUCGGAGGCCCGCCGGCGGCACCACCCAUGGACAUUGUUCAUGAUGAUGAUGCCGACAUGCUCAGCCGAGCAUUCAACGUGUCACCCACCGUCCUUGAGACCCUUUCCACACUAUGCUUCACUCAUGCGACCAUGCCAGGGGCCGAGCAGCUUCAAGCCCUCGCGCUCACAGGCAGCUCAAUCAUUGAACAGCGCUUAGCCCUCCAGCUCUGUCAGAACGAUCUCAUGGAGGCUCACCAGUUUCUAGCCGAGUGGACACGUCGAGGCUUGGCCUCUCUGAGUGUUCAUGAACUCGAUCAAAGUCUCAGCUUGAGCGCCUUUCUGGAAGACGACGGAGACAGCAGCUCCCAUGAUCUUAGGAAUCCAGCCGCCAACGCACAGCCCAGUAAACCUUCUGGUGUGCCUGACAACACAAUCGACGGGCCACUCCCCGAAGCCAAACGAAUCGACCAGGAGCUGUCUGGCCCCGGGCUCGGUAAUCUGGCAUCUGCCUUUGCUGGUGCCGACAUGUCGCUGCAUGAUAUCUUGUUCAGCGUCGAUGCUAUUCAAAGCGAGGCAGAACUUGUGGCUUUGCAUGCUGCUACCCCGCCCGUGGUCUUUCCAGAGGAAGCCGAGCGACAGAGCCAACUCGAAAAAGCCCGACGCAGGCUGCAAAAGUUUUCACGGCAGCAAAGCCGCAGCUCCAGAAAAGCGUCUCGCCAGGAUGCCACUGCGCCCACAGCAUCGAGCGAUGACACCAAGUCUAUAUCCAAUGAGGAUACUUCUCCACACGCCUUGGCAAGCUCGGAACAGGCAGCCGUUGCUGCUUUCAGCGAGGGAUCGACUGAAGUUGAUGAACGUGGGCCAGGAGUUGCCGUGGCCGUGUCCACAGCAAAGCACCCGACUGGUACGGAGUCGUCGCCAGACGAUUCAAAUGUAUCACUCUCUGCCAACCCACCCAAUGUCAAAAGCGUUUCGUCUCCCACACUCGCGCCGUCACCGCCGGCGCCGGCGCCACCGCCACCCAUGGGAGGCUCAGAAGGCGUCCCACCGCCACCACCACCACCACCGCCACCACCACCCAUGGGGGGCCCGGGUGGCAUACCACCACCGCCACCACCACCCAUGGGAGGCCCGGGUGGCAUACCACCACCGCCACCACCACCCAUGGGAGGCCCGGGCGGCGUGCCACCACCACCACCACCACCCAUUGGCGGAGCUGUUGCUCCACAGACGCCAGUCGUGCCCGACAAAAUUAUGCCCUCCAAGCUGCACUGGCGGGCCUUACCGGCGUAUCAGCUGCAGGAGACUGUUUGGCAAGAUGCACAGGCGGAAGCUCACCAAGAUGCCAUUCAGGUGGAUGUUGAAGCAUUCGAGUCCUUAUUUUGUCAAACCGCUGAGGAGCACGCUGCAGGCCUCGAGCGGGAGCGGGAGCGCAAGGCCAAAGCCGCGGCCUUGAAGAAACAAUCAUCUCUUAACAUUUUGGACAGCAACCGUAGCCGCAACGUCAGCAUUGUGCUACGUCGAUUUCUCAAGCCAGAAGAAAUUGAGCUACUACGUCUCUUCAAGGGCGACCCCAGCGAGCUCCCCGAGCCCGAACGCUUCCAUAUGGCGGUUCUGGAGCGCAACGUGGAUAUGGCAGCCAUGGUGGAUGCUUUUAUGGUGCGCCUAGAAUUCUUUGAACGGCACGAUGCAGUGGCUUCGGGGCUGGCAACGCUAGAAACAGCGUGUUCCUGUCUCCAGGCCAGCACGAAUCUUCGUGUUGUUCUCAAGCUGGCCUUGGACCUGGGUAACCUGACCAACUACAGCUAUGCCCAUCCCUCGCAACGUCGGCUGGCGCACGGCAUUUCCACAGAGAGUCUGCUCAAGCUUCGAGACAUCAAGGCGGGCAAAGAUCGGUCCACGUCCUUACUUACGUUCUUGGCCAUGACGAUUGCUGACCAGAGACCCGAAUGCGUGGACUUGGACGAGGAAAUUGGAGUUGUGGAGGCCGCCCGUCCGCAAGAUCUCGCCACGCUGAAGCACGAUACAAAUAGCCUGCGCACGAGUGAGUCAAACACCGUCACCAGUCGUGCCUGGCACGCACCAUCUUCAAUCGGUGGCGUUUGA